UUGACAACUACCCUUAAACUCAACAGAGUAAGAAGAAUGGCGGAAGAAGGCGAGAGCAUGAAUAAACACCGUUGACCUACAGUUAUGUCUGCAGUUUGUUUGAGGAGGGUGCUAAACCAUGCAGCGAGAGCUGUGUUGGCCGUCGGUCCUUGUUCCCAGACUCCAGCAUCAUGGCUUCUCAAAUGCCCUGACAGAUCAAGCAUCAUUUCUUUCUCCUGGAGACGGUCUCCACACUCCACAGCAGCAGAUGACACAGAACUGCCUCCUGCACCACGGAAAAAAAAGCAGGAUGUCCCUCUCACCAACAUAGGCCGUAGGAUCCCGGAACGGCAAAUAGAGUUGAUAGGUGUUUCGGGAGAGAACAUGGGCACCAUGCAUCGGGCAGAUGUUCUCAGGAUACUGGACGAGCGCGGACUAAAGCUGGUGCUGCUCGAUAAAGACAAAGACCCUCCCGUCUACCAGCUGAUGAGCGGCAAGCAGAUCCACGAAGAGAAGAUGAAACAGCGGGAGAAAGAGAAAGCAAAGCCAGCUGCUGUGCAGGUGAAGGAGCUCGCCUUCUCCCCUGGCAUCGCGUCUCACGACCUCACCACCAAGCUCAAACAAGUGGAGAUCUGGCUGAAGAAGAAGCACCAUGUUCGGAUUACUCUGCGAGCGGGGCGCAACGACUCCACAGCCAACCUGGAUGCAACUUUGGAGCAGAUGGUGCAACAAAUGGAGGUCAUGUAUGGAUUUGUUUUGCCACCGAAAGUCAUACGUGAGGGUAAAGCCGCCGCUUGCAUCCUCCGUCCGCCGUCGGCGAAGGAGAUUGCACAAAAGGGAAAAACGUCUGGCGACUCCAGUCCGAAGGGCACUCAGAGCAACAAAACACCCGUCAGCACCACGGACACAACAGAAGGGUCUGUACCGCAGUGAUCUGACGGAAAUAAAACAGUUUUCACAACUA